CACUUUAGGUAAAGAGGAACAGAACCCCGCCCCAUCCCCUGCUCUGCUUCUCCGCUGUGCGUGCGAGGGACGUCAGGGGCGGCGCCGCAGCAGUUACCCCUGGUAACGGGGGAGGCAGGAGGAGGAGGAGGCGGAGGAGGAGGGACUCGGCUUGAGGAUGGGCCUGCUCUCCAUUUUGCGCAAGUUGAAAAGUGCGCCAGACCAGGAGGUGCGAAUCCUUCUCCUGGGCUUGGAUAAUGCUGGCAAGACUACUCUGCUGAAGCAGCUGGCAUCUGAAGACAUCAGCCAUAUCACACCUACACAGGGUUUUAACAUCAAAUGUGUACAGUCACAAGGCUUUAAACUGAAUGUAUGGGACAUUGGCGGUCAGAGGAAAAUCAGGCCGUACUGGAGAAGUUAUUUUGAAAACACUGACAUUCUUAUAUAUGUAAUUGACAGUGCAGACAGAAAAAGAUUUGAAGAGACGGGUCAGGAACUGACGGAGUUACUGGAGGAAGAAAAGCUAAGCUGCGUGCCGGUGCUCAUCUUCGCUAAUAAGCAGGACCUGCUCACGGCGGCCCCGGCCUCCGAGAUCGCAGAGGGCCUGAACCUUCACACCAUCCGGGACCGCGUCUGGCAGAUCCAGUCCUGCUCAGCGCUCACAGGCGAGGGGGUCCAGGACGGCAUGAACUGGGUCUGCAAAAAUGUCAACACAAAGAAGAAAUAAAACGGAGCCGCAGGAGACGCAGGAGCUGCGGGAGCUGGGUUCGGCCCUGAGGAACACUGGUUUGCUGCUUGCUGACCAAACGCUUUCCCAUCUGCGCACGGCCACAGCUGUGAGAGGGGACGGCAGUUUAAGAAGAACCCCAUUCCAGCAGUAGAUGUUAACUGAUCUCAGAGUUCAGUAUCGUUUUUCAAAUAAAGGAAUUAGAUUAUUUCCUCUGCAUAA